GAGUCUAUGCUGUCAAUCCACUGUUUACUUCAGCUGUCAAUAUGUAUCCACGUCCAUUUGCUUUGGAGGAGGCUGAAGACCUUUGUGAAAGGAGUCCAAAAAGAGUCGAUGAGACAGCGAUGCUAAAUUCUGUCCUAUGGUAGUGAUACUGAGGUGAGUUCUUUCACUUUUCUGUCAGAAAGCACUGCUUUGAGCCUCUGUUAGGGUCUGCUCUCUCAUACAAUGUGAGAAUGUAAUCAAACUGUUUAUCAGAGGAAAACUGUGUUUUUAGGGCACUUGUCCUAAAGCCUAACAUUAGCUGGUUAGCUAAUAAUGUUAGUUUAUAACCAGCUGUUGUUGUUUAGCCAGCUUGUUAUCAGCUGUCUAGAGACUUGAGAGCUUCAAGUCUAAUCUGCUGAUGAUAAGGAAUUACCAAUAUCAGGAAUAAAUUAGCAUGUUUAUGCACGUUUUCAUGCGUAAGAGGCCUGACUUCUGUUCAGGGGUCGAACACAUGCUUGUCACAUGAUGAGUGUGAGGUUGAGACAAGCUUGAACUUCUAGUCUGCUUCUUUACAUGCUUUAUUGUUCAUUUGUGCAUGUUUUAUUAAGGAAGCUCAGUUUUAAAAGGAACCAUUUGGAUGUUUACAUCAUUUGAAACCUUGCUAAAUAAUCUUUUCCCCUCAGACUUGAAGGAACUUAUGGAAAAGAAAUGAAAAACACUUGUUCAUGUUUUACAUAUAUUGCAAGUCCCAUAGACUUACAUAAAUAUAAUUGUUAUUUAUUCAUAACGAUUGGCCAUUUUGCAUUUAUUUCAUGCAAUAUAAUUCUAAGGACCAAGUAUAAAGAAGUAUAAAUUCAGUAUUAUUUUGAGUAGUAAAAAUGUGAAAUGUCUUGAUGCAUGCUCAGUCAUCCAGGUAAGUAAAUCCCAAAAAGUUUCCUAUUUACACAUACCAGCCAGUGGACACUCUUUCAAUGAUGAGGAUGUGCACAUCCUGAAUGGAGAGGAACACUGGCUUGAGCGGGGAGUCAAGAAGGCAAUUUACGUGAAAAGGGAAAGACCAUCUCUGAAUCGAGGAGGGGGCCUAAGGGUACAUCUUUUACCAUCUUGCUGUGAUUAAAGCUAUUCCCUAACUCUCUGGGAAUGGUACUCAUGGCCAUUGAUCAAUGGGCUUUGAUCAAUGGUCAUGACAGUUUGCAUCUUAAUAAUCAAGGACCUGACCUCUUAGCCCAUUGUUCAUUCAGUGGGCUGGUUUCAGUCACUGUAGAAAUCUACUGUUUAUAAGGUUGGGGAAACCUGCAGUCAGCUGAGACUGAAGUCACCUGGAUGAGUGACGAAACAUUUCUCCCACUGAAAACGUUACGUCCAGAUGAACAGAAUCAACCUUUUGGGAAAAAUGUGAAAUGUUUCAGGAGAAAAUGAUAUAAACUGUGUAUUUAAACAAUCAUGUACUAUUGGAUUGUAAGUUUAUUCUAUUUUUUAUUCAUUUAUUUUUUAUUUUCUCUCUUUUCCAUGUGAUGUUACUCAUUUGUUCAAAGGGUUCACUUCCUUGAUGUUUGACUAAACUAAUGGUUUUGUGAUUACCCAUACCUGAUGUGUGCUCACACAAACACACAGUUUUCACUUUGAUCUUUAGUUUGGACAAAAAUGUCUAAAACUGGCUCGUUAAUAUAUAAACACACACACACACACACACACACACACACACACACACACACACACACACACACACAGAGCCACAGCUGUGAAGAGUUUAGCUUACUAAUUCGAGUGACAGAAAACCCCAGUUAGGACCCUGCUGGGCAGAGAGAUAGGAGCUCAUCAGACUUAUCUCCCCCUCCCACAUCACCCACUGCAGACCCCUAGUUUCAACAUAAAUACAAAAACUUAAAACACCACUUAUAUAUUUAUGGAGUCUAAUCUAAUUGAGCCGUCACUUAGCAUCGGGUAAACUGCACUUAACGUUCAUGAAUCCAUAAGAGCUGUGUCAGUGGUUAACACCAAACUGGUGUAAUGAGGAGUUUAAUAUGCACAAAACUAACCGUUACAAGUGACACCAUGUUUUUUAAGAGGAAAUUCAGCAGGUUUAUGGGGCCAAAUAUAGCCGUUAUCAGCUCCCACAGCUGAGUGGGCAGUCCACUGUGAGUGGUGAACUAUCGUCUGCAGAUGCGAGUAGUAACUGAACAUGCCAGACGAUGACAGCUGAAACCACAAAACUGCUAGAGGACCAUUGAGAAAAGGAGUUUCUUUCGCAGGGUGACCUCAGCUCACCCACUCACAGUUCUGGUUAUCAAAUGCGCUCAGCUUAAUAAUGGUGCACAAGAAGGAAGUACAUAAAUAAAAAUAUAUAUAUAUAGAAAAAACGAAGAUGAGGACGAAGAGGUUUUGUGUCGGGUGAAGUCCACGCGGAGACUGGAAGGAUGGAUGAAGGAAACAAAACCAUGAUUGUGUUUUUUCUGCUCUUCGUUUUUUCAGGUAAGCCAGCAGAGGGCCAGAGUCUGUUGGAUGUGUGCUCAACCUGCCAUGCUAAUGCCACGUGUGACGACAAGUCAGAUGGCUCGGGCAAAGUUUGUAACUGCAAGUACGGCUUUGUUGGAAAUGGAAGAACCUUCUGUCAAGACAAAGAUGAGUGUCAGAUAGGAUCCAGUAAGAUCUGUGGCCAGCACACCACUUGUCACAACACUUUUGGCAGCUACUACUGUACUUGUCUGACUGGCUACAGCCCUUCUAACAACAUGGCUGUUUUCAUCCCAAAUGAUGGCACCCACUGCCAGGACAUUGAUGAGUGCGGGAUCACAGGGCAGUGUGGAGCGGGAGCUCAAUGCAGGAAUCUUGAGGGCAGCUUUGACUGCAGCUGCCAGGUUGGAUACAAAAUCCACAAUGGAGUAGAACCCUUUAACCCACUGAGAGACAAAGCUUCCUGCAAAGUUGUUGACUGUGGCCUGCCUGCACCACUGGAGGACACGUUCCUACUGUCAGUCACAGGAACUACGUACAGCAGCGUGGCCACGUUCAUCUGCGAUGAAGGCUUUGUGUGGAGGAGGGGAGACAACAGCUCUGUGUGUGGUGCUGAGGGGCUGUGGAGCAAACCUAACAUGGUCUGUGAAGCUAAAUGUGGCCCAGCUCCUUUUCUUGCCAACUCCAAGGUGGUGUGGCAUAAUAGAAGUAUUGUGAUCCACCGCUGCGUGGCAGGAUAUCACAGCUGGAGGGGAAGCAACGUCUCUGUGUGCGGGAGCUCCGGGGAGUGGCAGAAAGCUACGCUGAGAUGCAUAGAAAUCAAACCACCUAUCAAUCACCUGCUUAUUUUUAAUGAAAGCUGCCUGCAGUGGAAAGCAGAAAAGUACGAGGAGGACACAGAGAUUUACAAGGUGACUUACACUGGAUCCAGGGACUACCAGAGACCCUUUUAUAACAAAAGGAAGAGAUUUCUGAGGUCCAAAGCAGACCAGCUGAAGCUCUGCCUCAGCUUGCUUCCAGUCACAAACUAUAGCAUCACUGUCACUGCAACAUCUGCCAGGUUCACAGCCUCCGUCACCACAAACACCAGUCUACCAGUACCUCCAGGACCGGUUGUCUACUACAGGGAAUUUGACACUCCUCUACCAACGUUGAGUCUACGCAGAUCACCCAACACACUGGACUUAAUAAGUUUGUACCAAGUGUUUGUGCUUCCUGUAGAGGGGAUUAUGAUGUUUAACUGUUCCUCUCCUGCAAUCGCGUCGCCUUUGAGCACACUUAAGUCACCAGCAGAGUACAUCACUGCUCAGUUUGAAGUCCAUCGUGUUGGAACAGAGAUGAAUCUUACUAUAGGGGAUGGGCUGCUCUAUGGUGGCUUUCAUAAUGCACCACUGGAGAGUGGCAAGAACUAUUAUAUCAUUUUACGGGCUGUCAGUCAGUGGAAAUCGGCCUUAAAAAGUUCCUGUGUCCUGUGGGCUAAAGUAACAGCUACAUCGUACGCUCUGAGGGUUUCAUCGCUGUCUGCUGUAGCUACUAUAGGGCUGGUUGCCGUGGUUAUUUGGGGAGGCUACAGUAUCACCUGGUGUUUCAAGAAGACAUGAUGCUCCUGAGUGCUGACGUGCUCUAAUACUGUCCUGAGUUUCUACCAGUACAUUUUGUAAAUAGUUAUUAUUUUAUAUUAAAUAUUAUCACCAUAAUAAACUUAUUAAAAUCAUUUUUUGACACAGA